AUGAACCCCAUGGAGGUGGUGAUGAUGGUAGUCACGGUGGUGUUUUGUUACUGUUGUGCAGUAGCAGACCAAAAACACAAUAAAAAAACGUAUAUCGUUCACAUGGACAAAUCAGUCAAGCCAUCAGUGUUUUCCGACCACCUGCAGUGGUAUGCAAAUUGUAUGAAAUCCGUUUCCGAGUCAACUAAUAUGUUGUAUUCAUAUGAUUACGUCAUGCAUGGGUUCUCGACCAGGCUAAGUGUUGAGGAAGCGAAGCAACUUGAACAGCAGCACGGGAUUCUAUCGGUUCAAGAAGAGGUGAUAUACAAGCUCCAUACUACUCGGUCACCGGAGUUUCUUGGACUACAAAGCCGCGGCAUGAUCGUUUCUGGGCCCAAAUCAGGUGGUGAUGUGAUCGUCGGAGUGGUGGAUACUGGUGUGUGGCCGGGAAGUAAGAGCCUAGACGAUACAGGGUUUGGCCCGAUUCCCGUAUCCUGGAAAGGUGAAUGUGAGACUGGUACAGGUUUCAAUGUAUCAAGCUGUAAUAAGAAACUGAUCGGAGCAAGGUACUUCUCGAUCGCAUAUGACGCAGCUUCUGGACCAAUUGAUGAAAAAUUGGAAUCCAUGUCGCCUGUAGAUGAUGAUGGACAUGGAACACACACAGCAACUACAGCAGCUGGUUCCAUGGUCACGGGGGCUAGUUUCUUUGGGUUUGCGAAAGGAACAGCACGUGGGAUGGCCCCUCAUGCAAGGCUGGCAGUUUAUAAAGCAUGUUGGGCUGCGGGAUGCCAUGGAAGCGACAUAUUAGCUGCCAUGGAAAAAGCAAUCACCGAUGGUGUCCAUGUGUUAUCAGUGUCGAUAGGAGGCACGCUUUCUGAUUACACCAAUGAUUUCGUUGCUUUUGGAGCAUUCAAGGUAGUAUCACAUGGGAUAUUUGUAGCAAGCUCUGCGGAUAAUAACGGACCGGAGCCUUCAAACAUAGCGAAUGUCGCCCCGUGGAUAGCUACAGUAGGAGCAGGAACACUGGACCGUGAUUUUCCGGCGUAUGUUACCCUCGGAAAUGGAAAGAAAUUUAGAGGAGUAUCACUUUACUCUGGAAAACGUUUAUCACGUACAUUGAUUCCAUUGGUUUUUGGUGACCUGUGUACACCGGAUUCGUUGCCACCGGAAAAAGUUGCCGGCAAGAUUGUGAUGUGUGAACGUGGGGUAUUUUCAAGAUUGGAGAAGGGCAAGGUGGUGAAGAAAGCUGGAGGUUCUGGAAUGAUUCUAGCUAACCCUGAUACAUUUGGGGAAGAACUCAUGGCUGACCCACAUGUCCUACCAACCGCCGCCGUAGGUGAGACAGCCGGCGAUGCAAUAAAAAGGUAUAUAUCCUUGGAUAAUAAUCCAACGGCUACGAUUGCAUCUGGAGGGACCCAGUUAGGAAUCCAACCAUCACCAGUAGUCGCAUCAUUUAGCUCUCGAGGUCCAAAUCCCAUCACACCAGCGAUACUCAAACCUGAUUUAAUAGCACCAGGUGUUAGCAUUCUAGCGGGUUGGACCGGAAAAGUCGGUCCAACCGGUUUAGCCGAAGACCCUCAGCGAGUGGAAUUUAACUUCGACACCGGAACUUCGAUGUCGUGCCCACACGUAAGUGGGUUAGCCGCCCUGAUAAAGGCUGCCCACCCUGAAUGGAGUCCAGCGGCUAUAAGAUCAGCGCUUAUGACCACCGCAUAUAGCUCGUAUAAAAAUGGUGAAGGCUUGAGGGAUGCUGCAACCGGAAGACCAUCAACCCCGUUUGACCAUGGCUCAGGGCAUGUGGACCCGAUGUUUGCAGGUGGAAAGUUUACGUGUGGAAAGAAAAACAGGGUAGAAGAUCUUAACUACCCGUCUUUUGCUGUUCCUUUGCUUACGGAUUCCAUCAAAGAUAAUGGAAGCAGUGGACAAACCGUUGUUAAGUAUAGAAGGAGUCUGACAAAUGUGGGCAAUCCAGCAACUUACAAGGUUUCAGUAUCAUCAAACGUGUCGGCUGUGAAUAUCACAGUUGAGCCUGAUCGGUUAACGUUCGUCAAGCAAGGUGAGAAGAAGGCGUAUACCGUCACAUUUACUGCUACUUCCAUGCAAUCGGGGACUAAAAGCUUUGCUUGUCUAGCAUGGUUAUUUGAAGAAAAUCAGUUAACAUGCACAGUUCCAUUAACACUAGGACUUGUUCAAAAUGUUGAGGUCUUACGAUUAGACAAGAAUAUGAUAAGUGGUGAUAUCCCUUCAAACAUCUACAAUCUUACAUCACUCAACCAGUUUGUAUGGGCUACAACAGAGGCUUAUUCAGCUCCUUCAACUGUGCUGACUUCUCAGAGAGGUUUAUGCAUGGUGGCAUCUUGGUGGGAAAUUUUCAGGGUACCAAACAACAACAAUGGCAUCGUGGGAAAUUUUCAACUCCUUGGAGUCAAUUAUGUCCUUGUUGUUUUUGGAGGUGCGUAUAGGAGGAAGCGUCUUCCUACAUAUCAAGGAGCCUGA